GUCGAUGUCGCGGAUCGCUCGAAAGUGGCGGAUGCGUGUUUGCGUGUCGCAAAUUUCGGAAGCUCCUCCACGGAGUCUGGGAGGCUGGAGGCACAUCACCUACAUGCGGCACGAUCCAGCAACAGGCGCUACUCGCGAGAGAGAGACGAGCCAGCGAGGGAGGGGCGAUUCCAACAAACGAUGUCGGACUUCGGAGUAGAUGUUAAUGUAGUAUGUGUGUGACAACGGGAUUGACAACAUGGAUACGUCUGACCAAGGAGGAGGUAUAAAUUGUACGCCACCGGCUAUAGAAGAUUUCCCACACGACUUGUUUGAUGAGGAGCAAAGACAAGGCGGUGCAGUUGUCGUACACGUCAUCGUGUCGCUUUAUUUAUUUAUCGCUUUAGCAGUAGUAUGCGAUAAAUUCUUCGUACCUGCUGUAGAAAAAAUAUGUCACGCACUCUCGAUGUCAAAAGACGUAGCCGGCGCGACGUUUAUGGCGGCGGCGACGUCGGCCCCAGAAUUAUUCGUGAAUGCCAUCGGAACAUUCAUCACGGAAGGUGACAUUGGCGUCGGGACGAUAGUAGGUUCCGCAGUAUUCAACAUCCUGGCUGUCCCAGCCUGCUGCGGCAUCGGUGCGGGAAUGGUGGUGCCUUUAGACUGGUGGCCUGUUAGUAGAGAUUGUCUCGCUUACGGUGUCACGGUCGCAAUUUUGAUAUGCAUUAUACACGACGAGCGGAUAGAAUGGUAUGAAGCGUUAACGUUGGUGCUUUUGUACAUUGUUUAUAUCGCCGUGAUGUACUGGGAUAAAUCGUUCCAGCGGUGUACAAGAUUCCGCACGAACGAGGAUCAAAUAUCUUCAGACGGCCCGCGAGUUACGACAGAUUCCGGCGACAUUCACUUACCAACACCGGACAAAUUACAAUCGCCCGGUGAUCGUGUGGAACAGAUAGCCACUAUCGACGUGCCGCUACAAAAUGGCGGGACGAAAACGCAGGAGGAGAAUCCAGAUCCUAAUUACGAGUACAAGCUCUUGGUGUGGCCAGCGCAUGCUGGAUGGCUAAGAAAGACCGCCUGGGUCACGACUUGGCCCAUUCAUCUGGUAUUCAUGUGCACAAUUCCCGAUUGCGAGAAGCCACGAUUCAAGAAUUGGUUCCCCAUCACGUUCUUGAUGUGCAUCAUAUGGAUCGGAUCGCUCAGCUACGUGGUAGCGUGGAUGAUCACUAUAAUCGGAGACACGCUAAAGAUACCAGAUUCUGUAAUGGGCAUCACUUUUCUCGCGGCAGGAACCAGCGUACCCGAAGCCGUGUCGAGCGUAAUUGUCGCGAAACAAGGACACGGCUCGAUGGGCAUCAGCAAUUCAAUAGGAUCGAAUACGUUCGACAUAUUACUGUGCCUCGGACUACCCUGGCUGAUCAAGUCGUCCUUCUCGCCGACGCAGCCCGGCAGGCAUUACAUAAGCAUAAAUUCCGGCGGGCUGGAGUACAGCGCGAUAUCACUGCUGUCGACCCUGAUGCUGCUGUACAUCGCGUUCGCCUCCAACAAGUUUCAGCUCGACACGAAAGUGGGCCGCGCCUGCCUGUGCAUGUACGCCGUGUUCCUCAUACUGGCGUCGCUGAUCGAGCUCAACGUAUUCUUCAUGGUAAAUCUCCCCACCUGCCAAAGGACGGUGAAAUGAUCGAGGAGACCCGGGACGAUGACCCGCCCGUAAUGACGUACGGGCGCGGCCAGCUCGCUCGCAAUCCGCAGCCGGAAACGUUCUUUCCCUCCCCCUCCCCCUCUCCCACGGACUCACCGAGAGACCCGAGCUUGAGCGAGGGGUGUUUAUUUCCAGCUACACGGGACAGCUUACCGUGUGUACAGUUUUAAUAUCAACAAUGUUAUCGCCCACGUUUAGAACCACGAUAUGUAAUGCAUUUUGUAUUUACUUACUAAAAAUUUCUCUCUCUCUCUCUCUCUCUCUCUCUCUCUCUCUCUAUCUAUCUAUCUAUCUAUCUAUCUAUCUCUCUCUUUCUCUAUCCCCCGCGCUUUUUCUUCUCCUGACAAUACUCGAAAAACAUUGUACUGGAAACCCAUCGUCGAUUGUUGUAGAUGACAUCUCUUUGCUCCAUCUUUCUGACACAUGCAUUUAUACACAUCUGUUUGCACAUAACGCGCGCGCGUAUGCGCCCUCCCUCUUUACCACCCUUUUAUUCUUUCAGUCUCUCUUACUUUUUCUUUAUUUUUAUUUUUAUUACCAGCUCC